AUGCUCAGUGCUGUGGGGAAAGCUGGUCCGGGCUAUUUCUCAGUGUCUCCAAAGUAUGAAGCGAUCUGGGUGAAACAUUUGAAUGAGGAGUAUGAAAGCUUGAACUUGAGGCUAGAUGUUGUGCGUGAAGGCUGGAAGCAAUUUGACUGCACGAUUGUCACUAAUAGUUGGCAAUGCUCAAGGAAACGAAACAUUGUGAAUGUGAUGGCAGUGAGCAUUCAUGGAUCAGUGUUUCUGAAAUUGUUUGAUGCGUUGGAGGAGAAGAAAACCGGUCUCUGGUUGUGGUUGAAGUUGAGGCUUGUUCUCAUGGAGGUUGGAGUUGAGAAUGUGGUUCAAAUGAUCAUUGAUAAUGGCUCCAACUUUGUUCACAUGGGGGAUUUCAUGAAGGAGGAGUUUCCAAAUAUUGUUCAUGGCAGAUGUGUUUGCCACUGCUUGAGCCUCCUCUUGAAGGAUAUCGCUAACCUUGAUUGGGUUCAACCUUGUGCGGCUAAACCAGUGUCCAUAUCCCACAUAUAUCAUCCUUUGCUCAAAGCAUUAGAAGCAACAAUGGAGCUCCUCCAGAUAGUACUAGUGGGCUUACUUUCGCUCUUUCUCUACAAAUUGGUGGGCAUUCUUCUCUUCAAGAACAAUGGCAGCAAACCCCCUUCCCCAGGAUUUUGUGUUCCAAUCUUGGGUCAUUUGCCUCUCCUCGGCAAUCUCCCUCACAUCUCCCUCCUUAAUCUCUCCAGGAAGUUUGGAGGACUCAUGCACCUCAAGCUCGGGCAAGUUGACACACUGGUCAUCUCUUGCCCGGACGCCGCAAGAGAGCUUCUCAAGUUCCAAGACAUCGCAACUUCUUCCAGGCCCGCGAUCUCUUCCGCGAGAUACUUUGGCUAUGGAGGUGCCGGAUUGGCCUGGGCGCCUUAUGGGGAGCACUGGAGGAGCAUCCGGAAGCUGUGCACUCUGGAGCUCCUCACGGCCAAGCGUGUCGAGUUCUUCCAGCCCAUUCGCAAACAGGAGACCAGGAUCUUCCUUCGCGAGCUCCUGGCGAUGGCGGAGGAGGGCCGGGAGGUCGAUUUGUCAACGAUGAUCAAGGAUGUUACGUUCAACACCAUCGCCAAGAUGGUGAUGAGCAAGAGCUACUCGGCCGGGAGCGCGACGAGCAAGGAAGAGAUGGAGGAGGCGCUGUUCUUCAACCGAGCAAUCACUCGGGCGUUUGAGCUCGGUGGUAGCAUGCACUUUGGUGAUUUUGUUCCUUGGCUGGGAUGGAUGGACACGCAGGUUGCAAAGAUCGAGGAAGUCCAGCACGGGAUCGACCAGUUCUUGCAAAAGGAGAUUGACACUCAUCGCAAGAACUUUGGUGGUCAGCCGAAGGACUUCAUCGACUUGAUGAUCUCCACGGGGGAGUUGACGGACGCUUCGCUUAAGGCCGUUUCGCUGGACAUGAUCGCGGCUGGAACGGACACUUCGGCUGUUCUGAUAGAGUGGGCGAUGGCGGAGCUCAUCAAGAACCCCAAAUUCAUGGACAAGGCUCGCGAGGAACUCAAGCGAGUGAUUGGCGAAGGAAAGCUGAUGGAAGACGAGGAUAUCUCCAGGCUCGAGUUCUUGCAAGCAAUCGUCAAAGAGACUUUCCGGCUCCAUCCGCCAGUUCCGCUCUUGCUCCCUCAUGAAUCGAUCGAGAGCUUUAGAGCUGGAGGAUACACGUUCCCCGCCAGAACAAGGAUCUUGAUCAAUGCCUACGCGAUCGGGCGUGACAAAUCCACUUGGAGGGAUGCAUCCAGGUUUGAUCCGGAUAGAUUUCUAGGGAGCUGUGUGGAUGUCAAGGGCCAGCACUUUGAACUCUUGCCAUUUGGAGCUGGGAGGAGGGGUUGCCCGGGGAUUCAUCUCGGUUUGACCACCGUUUACUACAUUCUGGGCAAUUUGGUUCAUGCGUUUGACUGGGCUGGACCGGACCCAGCUUUGCUGGAUAUGUCCGAGGUGUUUGGUUUGACCGUGCCCAGGGCUUGUCCGCUCAAAGUUUUUCCGGUUGCAAGACCACCAACAAAAGCACUUAACAUACAUUAA